AUUACACCAUGCAUACCAUUCAAGGGAAAAGUCUUCGAACCUAUUCCUCACCCGUGGCGCCUCUCUUAUUCUCGAACGCGUUGCCCUCCGGCUCGGAUAGGCCCACUAUUCUCAGCUUGAUUGCUGAUGCCGAAGAAGCACUUCGGGCCUUUGACCAGCAAACCGCCACUGUCCGUGCCAAGUUUGCCCAGUAUCUGGACUUUCAUCGAUCCCUAUUAACCCCCAUCCGCCUCCUGCCUGAAGAUGUUCUUCUCAAAAUAUUUGAGCAUGGAUGUGUAGAGGCGCGAAGUACUGCCCUUGACCUCAAUAGCAUGCCCUGGCUCUUGACUCGCGUCUGCAGUCAUUGGCGGUCCCUUGUUCGCUCGACUCCCACGCUGUGGCGAUUUUUCCGUGUUGUGGACAGGGAUUGCUACAGGUACAAAGAGAGCCGUCAGUUGGAAAUCGUGGGUGAAUUUCUGCGACUCUCAGGACAGUGUCCUCUCCACAUCUCUAUGGAGUCUGCGGAUGUACCCUUCCUCGAUAUCCUUAUAUCUCAAGGAAUGCGAUGGCACACAGCUACUAUACCGCUCAUGUCGUAUAUGCUAGACGACUUACCACCGGCGGCGAACUUUCCCUUGCUUCGUACAGUAACCAUCAUGGAUGAACCGGACGAAGAUUCUGACGAUUUGACCUCUGAGGUCGACGUCUUCCAACAUGCCCCGUUGCUCACAGCUGCUACAAUACGCACCGAGAGUAGGAGCAUGUUCAAGUUUCAUGCUUUGACACACCUGACGGUGUUGUGUCUGGGCAAUAACUGGGGUGAUGUGGUUCGUCAGCUCAAUGCUGUCGCUUCUACCUUGACCCAUUGCACUCUGUCGUUUGACGACCAACAGGGUAUUUUAGGUCUUCCUCCCUCAACAGAUGCCACACUUCCUCACCUGUUGAGUCUCACUGUGCGCGAACCAAAAGAUUUUGAUGUUUCCAAUAAAGACUACUCUCACUUCCUCGGCCAUCUUACUCUCCCUUCAUUGACUUCGUUUGCAUUCCAUGCAUUUUCACAUUACCACAGCAUUGCCGAGGCUGUCGUAUCAUUAAUUCGUCGUUCUCAAUGCUCCCUUACAUCGCUGGAAGUUAACAGCCGGGAGGUGACACCUAUACUUAACUUAACCAGCCGUUUGACGCAUCUCACCGUAACGUCACGGACCAUCGCAAAUGGAAACUUGAACUGUCUUGUGUGUUCUAAUACCUCCUCGCCUUUAGUCCCGAAGUUGGAGGUCCUCACUCUCGACGUCAGGCCACUAGAAUUCGAAUAUCAUUCUACGGCCGAAAUCAUUUCGAAAUACGUCAAUCUGAUUGUCAACAUCAUCGAGUCUCGACGUCUAGAUGAUGUGCAGACGCUGAAAGGUGGUAUAAAUUGCCUGCGUGUAGUUCGAUUUCUUUCGCCAGAACACGGGAACGACUCCUUGAUCCAGAAUGUUACUGCUAGACUGAAGAAAGAGCAGGAGGAGGGGCUGAUCAUCGAGCAUGUCAGCAGCGAAGUUGACGUUGAUGAAGCGUAUUUGUCAGCCGGACCUUCAGAAGAAGAAGACUCUUCGUCGUGGACCUCCGAUUCAGACAGCAACUGGUAAAAAUCAAUGAUCUGGUCAAAAUGUAGAUGGUGAGAUAUCUAUUGGCUGUAUACUGUCUCCGCCUCUCCUGAGUGCAUCUAUAGCUUUGCUCUUAAAAGUUGCAGAAGAGACGCAGCAUCGUCAUCAUCCAACUCUUGUCGAGAUUCGAACUCCAUUUGAUGCAUCUGGCGCCUCGUUAAAGGAGGUUCGUGUAUGGUAUUCGGCGGUUUAGACUCCGUAGAGAAAGUGGGGGCCG